CCUUUUGUUGUUAUGACUACGGGGUCGUAAAUCCGCCAUGUUUUCCCUCCGCUAUAGCGUUGCGACAGGGACGGAGAAGUCAAACGACAUGAGUGUAGAAAAUAAUCAUACGGCAGACACAGCGAAGGAGCAAACGAAUAACGGCAACGAGACCAUCACCAUUCAAACUACAUUGGGAGAUGAAGAUGAUGUGCAUAAAUGUGGACGUUGUCAGUCAGAGUUCUCUACGCUCGAAGCUUUCAUCCAGCACAAGCUGCACCAGAGUUGUAAGCGCGUGGAGCCACAGGAGGCUGCUCAGGAUGCCGGUCAUGAGGUCACUGCAGAGAGUGGGGUUUCUUCAUCAGAGGUGAAAAUAGCUGACUAUGCACCAUCCAAUAAAGCUGUAAAGACCACUGUUGAUGAAGGCAGCGGUCAGUUGGGUCGAGGUCGCAGGAAGAAAAUAGCCUCGAUUAAAGUCACUGACCUGUCUGAUGGAGCUGAAGGUUUUGUGUCUGACGAUGCUGACAGUGACAAGCUGACCUAUAAAGUCAAUCAAGAGGGCCGUUAUAUUUGUCACCUCUGUGAAAAGACAUUUAAAACAACAAACAUUUUGAGAACUCACAUGAAAACUCACAGUGACCAGAAGAACUUUUCCUGUGACCUGUGUGGGACUUCAUUUCGCACCAAAGGCUCCCUGAUACGACACAAUCGCCGUCACACUGAUGAGCGGCCAUAUCGAUGUACUCUAUGUGGCCAGUCCUUCAGAGAGUCAGGGGCUCUCACUAGACACCUUAAAGCACUGACUCCCUGCACAGAGAGGAUUCGUUUUGUGCAGUACAAGGAGAUCCUUGUCAGUAAGGAUGGAAUUCAGAAAGGGGUUGAUAUUGAUCAAGGUUCAGUGGUGGCCCAACAAGAGGUGGUGGUCUUGGAGCAGCAGCCAGAGGAACACGAGAUAGUUGAGGCUCAGACUGCGGUUGUUAGUGUGGUAGAGGCUGGUUCCCAGGAGGUCCUCAGCCAGGUCCACUUCACAAUGGAGGUGGACAGAACAACCGAGGAGCAACAGGUGGUGGUGGAACAAUCACAGGCAGAGGCUCUGGCCGCUGCAGCAGCAGGGGACAAUCUCAUCUGCCAGGCCAUCAUCAACUCUGGCAUUGCACUGGGGACGGAAGAAACAGUGGUGGAGGAAGUCUCGCAGACAGCUGAAGAGAUGGACAAAGAGGUGUCUGAUCGUCCCGAUGCCGAACAUGGCGUCAUCGAGAUCCAAGUGAAAGAAGAGUUUGUAGAGAUGGAGGAGGCAAGUGAAAUGAGUGAUGAUCGGGUAGCCGCAAAAUUGUACUCUUGUCCACACUGUAACCGAUCUUUCAAAGGUCUAAAUUAUUUCCGUUUUCAUGUCAAAGGUCACUUAGGUUAUAAACCCUUUAAGUGCACACUGUGUCACAAAGAAUUUCUAACCGGUUACCUGCUGAAGAAACACAUGGAAGUCCAUGUCAGUGAGAGGAGAUAUAAGUGUGGAGAAUGUGGUAAGCUGUAUAAAACAAUUGGACACGUGCGUGAACACAUGAGGGCCCACUCAGACGAGAGACCAUACCACUGUACAAGGUGCAACAAAGGUUAUAAAACCAAGAACGCCUUACAGGUUCACCAACGGACUCACGGGGACGAGAAGCCCUAUGUGUGCGAGUUCUGCUUUAGAGGUUUCAGAGAGAAAGGCUCUCUGGUACGACAUGUUCGUCAUCACACCGGAGAGAAGCCCUUCAAGUGCCCAAAGUGCAACCGGGGAUUCGCUGAGCACGGGACACUCAAUCGACACAUGCGUGCCAAAGGGGGCUGCCAUAGGGACGAAUCCGGUGAGCAGCAAGGUGCUGGAACAGAGGAGCAGGCCUCUGUGGACAGCCUCGCCACAGCAGCCAUCAUCUCAGAGGAUCCUCAUGCGGUAUUGGUUGAGUUCUCUUCAGUGGUGGCAGACACUCAGGAGUAUAUUAUCAAGACACAAACUGGGGAGGAAAUGCAGGAAGAAGUUACACUCAUUCAAGACAGCCAAAAUGAGAUGGAAAACCAGAUCGUAAAAGUUGUUCAGCGAAUUGUCAGCCAGUCACAUGGCACAGGCGGCCACCAGAUUAUUGUGCAGAACGUGGCGGUGAACGAGGAAGGCGCGUCCAUCUCCGACUGUGGCGACACCAUCACCAUCGCUACACCCGAGAGCCUGACGGAGCAGGUUGCUAUGACACUAGCUUCCGCCAUCAGUGACGGCACGCUUCUGGCCACGGCGGGUACCGUGGAGGCAGGAGAGGGAACAGUUACCAUGGUUACCACAGAGGAAGCAGCGGAGGAGGGAAUACAGAUGGUGCAGCAGCAAGAGGAGUAUGUCAUAACCUCCCCAGAGGAGGUGGAGAUUCAGACCGUUGUCGUUUGAUUAAAGAGUACACUAACUGUGAACUGUGGUGGUCGAGGCUCCAGCUGGGAGUUCCUGUAGAACUCUUAGGAGCUUAACACACCCUUCUACCACUGACAAAACUAAGGCCAAAGUGUUCAUAUGGUUUAUGGUUACUGAAAUGGAAUAAUAAGGAAUAAUUCCAUCAUGUGAUGGAUUUUGUUUUUCUUUUAUAUGCCAGGAUUAAUCUUUGCAUUCAAUGUGGUUACUAAUCUGAGAACCCACAUACAGUUUGAAAUAAGUGCUAGAUUAAUUUUCCCAUGGAAGGACUUGGAUUGAGUGAUGGCAGAUUGUUUUAAUGGUACAAGUUCUGCUUGUUUUAUACCUUCAUUUGUUGUAGUCUAAUCCUUUUUCAGAGGAAAUUCUUUGUUUUUCCCACAAAGCAUGACACAAUUCCAUCGCACUUCUGUCCAAGAUGCCUGGCUCGGCUGAAAUCGCAUAUUCAAACUUUUUAUCUGAAUCGUGAUGGCCUUUUACAGGCAGGCAUGUUCGGUUGCCGGUAUGAGGCCAUCCAUGAUGUAAUGUUGCAGUUCUGAGCUGUGCCAACAUGAUACAUCUUUCAGCAUGAUGAAAAUCCCGCACAGAUGGGCUUCCCAAACAGCCUCCCUCAAAUAAAUGCUAUUUUCUUACAGAAGUGAAGGAGUUUUGAAUUUUCUGUCUUUGCAUUAGUUAGUUUCUGUGACUCGUGA